AUGAAUGAACAGCUGCGCGUUGCGUUGGAAAGCGUGGAACCUCAAGCAGGCUCCUCCCUUCAGGCGGAGGAGGUACAAUCUACUAUAAGGAAGAAGGAAAUGUUCGCGCCGCGAAUUGCAACACUAGCGGCGGUAGCACCGUUGGCAGAGGAAGAGCUGCCGCCAGCAGUGUAUCGUAAACCAAAAUUCUCGUUCCUUAGUGACCCAAGUGAACGACAUCCUCCGGACGCAUUGUCUGUGUACGAGGUUCCCAACAAUUCGCCGAAGGCGCCUCUCCCCAUGUGGGCCUCAAGCCUCACUUCCCCACAGCUGGGGAGGCAACGCAUCCGGGUGGAGAAUUGGAUAUCAACUGAUAGUAUGGGAACGGUGCCCGAGGACCAUGUGCAGGACUUUCUUGCAUGGUUUCGUGAGGAGCUGAUAAAGAGCUCGCAAACAGUGCUGUGGAACAUGCUCACGGACAACGUUGACUUUCAUCUGCGAUCGCAGUAUUCUCGUGGCUUAGUCGCACGCAAACCGUUCCACAAAGGUGACAUGAUAUUCGCAGUGCCUCUCUAUGGUGCUUUGGGGGCAGAUAGCGCGGAUGAGUUUGUGCCAUCUUCACCGGCACCCUCAGUUGCCUCCGAGGGUAACCUUACGCCCUGGAGUUUGACGAUCAAUUCAGAGAAUCUCCAACGGCACUCGGUGGCGGCGCAACGCCGCGGUGUUCCUUCGUAUCAAAGUGUGGAAGCGAUUGUUGGUCAACGAAAGUCUUCGUUCGAUCCACUUCCACAUCCACUUUUCGUCGACCAGGUACAUUUCGCCCUGCUUCUGGCCUGCGAGCGUGCGGAGGGAGCCAAAAGUCCCCUGUUUUCUUACUUGCGGCUUCUCUCUCCGUUCGACGACGACUUCAUACGGGAGUUGCACCUUGGGGUGCUUGACCCAGCGACACAUCUUGAAUACACUGACCACUGUGGCAGAUUCUCUCAUUACCUUCGUCAAAUCCGUAACAGAUGGCAACAGGAGUAUGAGAGUGCUGUUUGCUCUGGUGCGGGAGAGGUCUCCUCUGUCGACGGCUCCGUAUCACCGAAUGAUGGCAACGAUGUGGUGAAUGCGAGAUCUCCCAUCGAAGAAGGGAAAACGCAGUGCACCACUCCUGGUCGGCUCCCGCCACCAUCAAUGGAUGAUCUGACGUGGGCGCUACGUGUUGUUUUAUCACGUCAGCGACUUCUUCCCCUCCGACGACAUACUGAGCAUUUCGAGGACAUUUGCAGCGAAGAAAAAGUGCUUCAGAAACUACAUCUAUGGACACGUCUGAUAACAAAAAUGCAUAUGGGCGUCAUGGACAACAUUUUCAGGGUUGUCGACCGUAACCGUGUCGGCGUGAAUGAUUUUCAGCCCCAUACAAUAGCGACAAUCGUUCCCAUAGUAGAUAUGCUUCAGCACCCACCAGGAGGUAUGUCAAAUACAAGCUGCAGUAUAGAGAAGAUUUCACUCUCAAAUGAUAGUAACAAGGUCGCCAAUACUGCCGGAAUGUGCAAGGAGGCGGUGUGUGCAGUAGUUCGUGCAAAUAGUCGCAUUGAAGAAGGUGAUGAACUGACACAGCUCUACCCACGCUGCUACUCUGUAUCGUACACGCUUUAUCGCUUUGGGUUCCUUCCGCUACGUCGUAGAGCAGGUGACGCUGCCGAUGCAGUUCUGAGAACUCAACGCUGA